AUGAACGAAGUUAGUGAAACACAUAAUGUUAUUCAUCGAGACGUGAAACCAUCGAACAUCCUUCUGGACUGGAAUGGUUCUGUAAAACUCUGUGAUUUUGGUAUCAGCGGACAGCUGAUUGAAUCUCGUGCUCAUACUGUUCAGGCUGGCUGCCCUCCCUAUAUGGCUCCGGAGCGUUUCGAUCCGCGAUUCAAUUCGGAUUACGAUAUUCGAAGCGAUGUAUGGUCAGUAGGUAUUUCAUUGAUCGAAAUAGCUACUGGAAGAUAUCCAUACUCUCAUAUCGAUUCUGAGUUCGCUAUAUUAGCUGCUAUUGUUCGUGAUCCACCACCCACUCUCCCCAUGAUGGAGGAUACACUAGAAGCAGCGGCGCCUGUAAUGGAAAACUCACUUUUCGAUCUCAACGCUUCUCAAGAGUGUGGAAAGAAAAUGAAAUGA